CUUUACUUUACACGUGCCGUGCAUGUAGUAGCAUGGCUGCCAUGCUCUCAUUGAACAGUGCUCCUACACUUGUAGGGCAGGGCAGCUGAAGAAAGAUAAAAACACCCAAAGGAUCAACUCUCCAAGCCGAGACAACGGCAGCCGCUCGCGAUCGCUGUCGCGGGCGUCAUUUGCCCUCUGCCUCCACACAACCAGAGCGCUCCAGGCAGCCAUGGCGCGCCGGACCAACCACACCUCCACGGCAGCGGCGGCGACAACAACAAUGGUCGCCUCCUCGCCGUCUCCCCCGCGGCCGCCGCCUCCCGCCAGCGCGGGAGCGUGGGGGCCCUACGCCAGCUCCCGCGCCUUCUUCUCCAACGUAGCCACCAUCCUCAUCAUCCUGGCAUGCGUCUCCCUGCUCGCCUUCACCCUCCACGCCGCCGCGCGCUUCCUCCUCCGCUGCCUCGCGCGCCGCCGCGCCGCGCGGGAGGAGGCGCAGGCGCCGGGGCAGCAGCCCAAGCUCCCCUCCGGCGCCGCCGCCGCCAGCGCCGCCGCCGGCUCGGAGCGCGCCGGCGCCACCGGUGCGGGCGUGUGGGCGGAGGCGGAGUGCGCCAUCUGCCUGUCCGAGCUGCUGGAAGGCGGCGAGCGCGUCCGCGUGCUCCCGGCGUGCGGCCACGGGUUCCACGGCGCCUGCGUGGAGGGCUGGCUCGCGGCGCGAGCGUCCUGCCCCACCUGCCGCGCGCCGUCGCGGGCGGGAGAGCCGUAGCCACGCCGAGCCAUGGCUGCUGCCGACUGCCGUGCCGUGCCACAGGCUCUGGAGCAAGCUCUGCUCCGAUCCGUCCUCCAUGAUUCCCAGUUGGAGGGGCUUGUUUCAGUUAUUAUUAUGGGCGUAGUAUGUAUAAAAAAUGCAAAUUGGAUGGUGGCGGCCUGGCGGGCGGGCUAGUAGUAGUUCGCAUGGAUUACAACAUGUUCGGCUCGAUCGUUUCUCUUCCACUAUCAUGAUUCAUGCAAAAGUCUGCAUUUCAUCAUCUAGUGAAA